CAGCCAACCUCCCCGGCGCUCUGCCGCGUCGCGCUCGCCUUCCCCGCAAAGAUGGAAGUCGUCAACCAGGUGAGCCUCCGAACCAGACCCCGCGAGCAGCUCCCCGGCGCCCCCCCGGACCCCCCCGGCCGGGCUGCUCGGGGCAGGAGCCCCUUGACGGGGGGCGGGGGGGUUAAGCCAGCCCCCCCCCCGCGAUUUGCAGCAGAUGCGCGGAGCUCAGGGCGGGGGGGCUGCGGAGCAAUUGCUGCAGUGAAGGCGGGGGGCGGAGGCUGCUGGGAUGAAAAUGCCCUCGAAAUAGCCGGAGCCCCCCCCCCCCCCGCUUCUUCCUCCGCAAUGGCUUCGGAGAGGGGGCGGCAGUAACGUCGGCGCGGCGAGGCGACAAGAUGCUGCCGUCGGUCAUUGCAGCAGAUCGGAAAGCGGGCGGGGGGGGGCAGGAAAAUGGCUGGGCGAUGCAGUAGAGCUACGCCCGGGGGGGACGGCGCUUGGGGAGCCGAAGGACGCAGGGGGGGGGGAGGGCGGGAUGCUCUCCGUUGCAGUAAACAGGGGCGGGGGGAAGGUCGAUCGCUGCCCCCGCACGCAAGACCCGCCGCCGGCAGACUCCCCCCCCGGGGGGGGAGGGCUAUGCGGGCCGCAGCAAGUGUAUCCUGCGGGGGGGGGGGGGGCAGGAAGGCAGGUUGGGGUGGGCAAGGGCUGGGGGGCACGUGGAGUUGUUUUGCAACAGAAGGGGGGAGUGCAGGCUAGGGGUGGGGGGGCGGGCGGCCUUUCACGGCGGGGAGGCGUCGGGCAGAAGGGCCCCCUCUCCGGCUGCUGCAGCGGCAGAUGGUGUUCGAGAAGCAUCAAUAUGGCUGCAGAAGAACCUCAAGGCGCAGCGGGGGGGGGGGCUCUCUUCUCUUAUUUUUCCAGGAUCUGUGGCAGGACGAGGUGGGAGGCGGCUGUCGGGCAAUAAAGAGGGUUGGAGGGUGCAAUCUGGCCGCCCCGUGCUGCGAGCCCGAGAGGGCUGGCAAGGAGGAGAUGCCGCGGAGGGGCGUCUUCUCACGACUCUUCCCCAGAGCAACUGCAGUCAGAUGCAUGGGGGGGGGAGGGAUUUUGCAUAGGAUGGGGGUGUCGCUUUUGGAGCUGCGGGGGUUGCUGCUCACUCGCUUGGGCAGCUGGCCUGGGGGAGGAGGUGCAGUGAUGUAUAAGUUGAGCACAGGAAGGUGGCAUUCAUGUUUGGGGAGGGAAUUUCUGGACGGGGCACCCAGAAAUUAGGUUGGACUUUUGGCUUUACAGUGGGGCUACUAGUCAAGGAGUCAGAGGGGGGGCGGUGUCUGGUGGUGGCCAUUUGCAGAACUGCUUGGUACGGAGAGAGUCCAGAAAUGGGGAGUUGAGAUGUCAGUUUGUGUUGUGUUGGGAGAGGCUGCGAUCCUGAAGAGGGUGUGGGCAGUUUCUUUGCAUUAAGACUCUCACAGCUCAGUCUUGUGCACAUUUACCCAGAAGUAAGUUCCACUGCAUUUUGGAGGGUUUACUCCCAUAUAUGGGUGCUUAGGAUCACAGUCCCACUCUCGCUUUUCUCACUUAGAAAUUUCACAUAGCAGAGGAAAAAGAGAACACAUCUCCAUAAACCUCAAAAGGUGUUUGGUCAGUGAAUCAUAGCAGUUUUGGGGUUUGGGCAGCAUCUGGUAGAUAGAAUGUACCUAAAUUUGGUACUGUUGGGCUUGUUUGUCUUUUAAACAUGUGUUAAUGUUUGUGUGCUUUAAGGUGUUAUGAUUUCAGAUCUGGAACUGCUGGAUGUGCACUUGCUUGCCAAGCUGGCCCAGCUAGAGAGGCAAAAGUAUGCAGCCCUUGAAGGGGUGUCCAGGGGCAUCUGACUCCACUGUGUUAACGUCUUGGGAUGGGGAACUGUUAGCUGCGCUUCUGACUAGAUCCACUUUCUCAGUGGAGCGUGAUAGACGUAAAGCAGGGGUGCUAAUUGAGGCUACUGGUGAUGGUGCCCAGGAUGGGUUGUUUUGAAUGUCUUUUUAGGGCUAGGGAUGAUUUUCUGCAGGUGCAGCGUUGUGCUGGGUCAUGAGCUGGGUGUUAAUUGCUCAUGGGCAAGAGAGUUUUUUGCUCUGUUUUGCAAGGAGAAAAUAUAGACCGGUGGUUGGAGGACAGUUUGGGUCUUGGGCGAUGUGCGUAGGCAGUGUUGUCGCAUUGCCUCUGAGUGUGCAAAUCAGGGAUAUGUGUGUCAUAACUAGAAUGGAGCUCACCAACUGUGAACCAGUAUAUAAGCAUGAGAGAUGAUGCAUGGUGGGGCUAUGGGAUGCACAGACUUUGAAGUUAGUGGUGAUGUUUUUGUGGGUAGAGGCUGAGAAGGGGUUUAUGGUUUAUGUGGGUGGUGCUACUGUUGUAGUUCAUUUUACUUUCACCUCCCUCCGCUGGAGUGUGCAGAUCAUAGAACGUUAUGGAGAAUGGCUGUUUUGGAUGGAUAUUGUUUCAGCCUAUCCCAGAACAGAUAAACUCUCAAGGUGGCUUAAUUAAAUCACUGUCCCUUCAGCUCUGAUCUGUGAUAUGGGGACAGUAACACUGGCCUACCUUACAUAGUUGUUGUAAGCAUUACUUUUAUAAAAUGCAUGAACACAUGGAAAUGCUAAGUAUUAUUUCAGUAGAUGGUGAAUUGCUUCCUUCAGAAGGGCAGAGUGUUUUGUGUUGUGCAAGGGAGGAGAGACUGAUCUCUCUUACAAGUUGGUUUUUUCAUGGGUGUCCUGCGGGAAUAAUUGCACCAAGAGAAACGUCAGGGUAGAGGAUGCGUCUUGCCUUGCUUUUUGUGGUCUUUGAGAGGAAAUAGUUCUCUGUGGCAGCCUUCCCCAACCUGGUGCCCUCCAACUGCUUUGGCUAUGAUGGCAUAGUGCUUGGUAUGUGGUUGCCUCAAUUAUGGUGGUAUUAGAAUCAAGUUACUUUUUCCUUGAGGGCAUGUGUGGACAAAGUUCAGGAGAUAGCCAGAGGAAAAUAUGGCCAAGUCAGGGGCUAACCCUGAAGCAUACCAGUGCAAGUAGAUGCGGUGGGAAAGAAAACGGCGUUUCCUUGUGCUCUGGCAUUUGUCACAGUGUUCCGUUGCACCAGUAGCUGUUUAGUCAUGCUGGCCACAUGACCCGGAAAGCUGUCUGUGGACAAGCGCAGGCUCCCUCAGCCUGAAAGUGAGAUGAGCACCGCACCCCAUGGUCAAAUUUGACUGGACUUAACCAUCCAAGGAUCCUUUACCUUUAACCUUUUUACCUAACCCAGGAGGAAGCUGGUGGAUCAUUGGGUGGAAUCUGACAGAUAGAAUCAAAGCCAAUCAAUCCAGAGAUUGAGCUCGGAUAUUACUGGCUUUUUAAACACCAGCACUGGUGCUUACCUGACAAAACUCAGCUUCACUGGUCAGGCAAAUAAAAGGCUAACAGGUUAGCAACCAAAGUUAUUUUGGUAAGAAAAUAUUGUUGUCUUUGAGUCCAAAAGAGGUUAUGUGUGAUAUGGUUAAGAUGUGAUACAUUAGAGAAGUGCUGUGUUAGAUAUUGGUGGUAAGAAUGACUGAAUAUUCAAGACUUCUGUAUUCCACAGGCUUUUUAAUUGGAUUCUUGAUUUUAUAGUCAUAGCACAUUUUUUGUUCCAUUGUAUUCCAUAUCCUGUACACUGCUUAGAGGCAACUCUAAUUAAGUGAUAUAGAAAUUGUCAAAAUAAAUAAACAUAAGGUGCAAAGGUUUGGUUUUAGAGCACAUAAGAGGAGCUCACCUUCUUAUCUCUCCUCAUGAGUCACUGAUUAAAAGGGGACAGGCCAGAGCAGAGACUCACACAGAGAAAUGAAAGGGAGUUUCAUCUGAGAGCUGGUAAAUAUUCUGCAUCUCUGUGAUUUGGGAAAGGUUAAAUGCUUCAGUUCAAACUGUGCCAAGGUGGGAUAAAACCAUUUGCCCCCAGCGCCGCAACCCCAGAGUCGGUUACGACUGGACCUAAUGGUCAGGGGUCCCUUUACCUUUACCUUACUGGUGGAGGUUAGUUGGAAAGCCAGUGCAGUUAAGAGGCAGCCUCUUUGGUGGCUUGGUAUUUUGGGCUCAAAGCAGACUCAGGGCUAUUUUGUUUUUAUCACCUCCCCUUCCUUGAUGCUGCUGAUUAUGCAGUGAAGGCCAGGAUUUCUGGGAUAUGGGUAGUGCCAUGAUUCAGGCAUGAUUCCAACUUAGCUGAAUUCCUGCCGUUCUGUGCCCGAUUGCCGGUGGGGUUCCAGGAACAAAUUCCUUUUUGUAUGCCGCUUCUGUGAAAAAUGUAACCAAGUUAAUUAUUGUUUGGAGAACGUUUGUGAUAGAUCAGUCUUCACCAGCCUGGUGUGCUCCAGACGCUUUGAAUUGCCUCCACAGUUGCACUCAGAUCCUUUUUGGGAUUCUCCCAGCAUAGCCAGAUAGCCUGUGACCCUGGAGGGCUCAUUGAAGUAGACGGGACUUGCCCUGAUCACUAUCAGGCAGCAGCAUCAUAUACAGCUCAGUGGGAGAGCAUUUGCAUCCAGGCCCCAGCAUUUCCAGAUGAGGCUGGGAAUCCUCUGCCAGAAAUUCUGGUGCUCAGAGUAGACAGUGAUGACAUAGGUGGAACACCACAGAAGGCAGCUUCCCAGGUCCCUAGGCAGUUCCUACAAGGCAGCAGCUUCUAAACCAAACUUGUCCUUUCUCUCUUCACAGCUGGUGGCCGUCGGGCAGUUCCGGAUCUUCAAGGAGCCUCUAGGCUUUGUGAAGUUGCUAGAAUGGGUGAGUCCAAGUCCUCUACUUAGUCACCUUCUGUGUGGGCCAAAGACGGGCUGGGAAAGAGGCUGUCCAUUCUGUUCCUCCCAUUCUUUGCUGGAUUCAUCAUCAUUAUCAUCAUUUUAUUUGUAUGCCACCUUUCCGUAGUUAAAACCAUGCUCAAGGUUGCUUACAUCAUGAAAAGAUUUUCAUAAUUACAAACACAACAAAAGGAGCUAUAAACAAUAAGUGAAACACAACCAAAAGUGCAUAACCAAAUUGCACAAUUUCCACAUCAGUCAUAAUAUCUAAAAAUAAAGGUAUGAAAAUUUAAUAUCCAUAACAGCAAAUUCUCCCACUUUUUACUAUCUGUCAGUCUUUAGGUUGGUUGUCCCAGCAGGAUUGAGCUGCUUAAUGCAGAGUGCUUUGAAGUAUGGAACAAGGACCCCAUCUUGCUUUACCCCCCCCCUGCUCUGUCCCAGCAGUAAGAGCAACAGAAGGAACUUGUGGCACCUUAACAUCACGUGAGAACAGAAGGAUAGAUAGCAGUAGGCUUCCUCUCCACAUUUCAGAGGUAAACUACUUUGCUGGCAGGCUGCUACAGGUCCAGCUAUCCUUAACGGCACAGGAGCAGGCCAGGCUCUUAUUUACCUGCUCAGCUGGCAUUCCCACAUGCCACAGUCACUGUGGCACUCUGGCAGGAGGCAUGGAAAAAGCAAAGGGCUGCAUCCUGGAAAUGAUGGUGGUUUUGAUGUAAAGACAGGGUGCAUCUGUUAAAGUAUGUCACAAGAGGCACACACCUCAGGCUCAGAUAGGAAAGUGUCAAAGAACAACACUGUGCUGGGGGAGGAAUGGAAGUCCAAGCAGCGCAUUUCACAUGAUGGAGAACAGAUUGUAAGACUUGAGGGGGGAAACAUUUACCUUGUUCCUUGGCCUUUUGAUCUCAAGUAGAAUUAAUGUUGGGACCAGCCACAAGAUAAAAUGAUGUUCUGCCACUUCCUCUGCAGCAGCCAGCUUCUAUAAUAAAGCUUCUGCAUUGCCAUUAAGCAGGACAUUCCAUACCAGGAGUGGGGACCUCAGGCCUAGUGUCCAGGCCUGUCAGUUUGGGCCCUAGGACUUUCCCAAGGCCACUGCCCCUGAGGACACCCCCUCCACUGGCCCUCCACUCUGCUCCUCCAGUUCUCCUGCCUCCCUGGAAUGUGUCUGUGGACUGUAAUGAUGCCUUUUGCUUGCCUGGAUAGAGAGAUGUAAGAAAACUGGGAUGGUCUAUAUGAAAGAGUCACAUUCAUUGCCCCUCUCACCACAAACGUGCACCCCCUUGCCCCGCACCAGCUUGCCUAUGGGGGAAUGUGCCACCAAGCUGAAAAAAAGCUUUCAAUUUCUCUUCUAUAUGAUACAAUGAAUGUCCAAAAUUUGACUGCUGAUAUUCACAUGUGUCAAGAGUCCCAGACAGAUUUUGCAGGUGUCCAAAAGCUCAAGAUUAAAAUGUGAUUGUUGGAACCCAAUGAUAUAUGUGCUUUAAAAAGAAAAGAAAAAAAGACACACUUCCACCUGGUUUGGAACAUCCUUGUCACCUGAACUCCUCAUUCAGUUGUCCUCUCCUCUCCAUUGUGCAAGCAGAGAUCUGACAUGAGCCUGUGGCCUCCCCCACGGGUUAGGGACUGGCUGUCUUCAAUGGAGAGCCUGCUGUGCUCAAGUAGGCUCCCAGCACAAUUUAUUAAAACCCUGAUCUUUCUGGGUUCUAGAUCAUGCAGCGAAACUCAUUGAGUUCAGCCCCCAACAUAUAGGGGACUGCGGGAAUGGAGAUGUGCAGGAGUGGGCAAUGGACACAUCCUGCCCUGCUCUAUGCCAAGGGAAUCACCGGGCUGUGGGAAACCCAGCACAUGGUUUAGUGCAAUCUCCGGUCCAAAUUUCUGAAACAAAAAUGUCUCCUUCAUGCAAGAAGGGAAGCGCUACACAGCUUUUACCUAACCUACUUUAAUAUUUGGGAAGGACAUCUGGGGCUGCUCCUUAAAAUCAUGCUUGAAAAAGAGCUUUCCUAGGCAAGGCCGGUUCACUUAAAUGCAAUGCAUUCAAGCGGGCAAAUGAGAUCAUUUCUUUAUAUGGCACUAUCUGUGGGGAAUCUUUGGUGCCCAGGUGUCACUGAACUCCCCAGUCAACAUGUCCCCUGGGAUGUGGGAGUGGGAGUCCAGCAACAACUGGAGGUCUGUAUUUGCAACAAGCAGGUUUGACAGGUCCUUAUCCCUGCAACACUGACUUCUGAGCCAGUAUUUGAUUCAUCAGUCUAUACAUCUGUCAUUUGGGUCUCAAAGAUGGGCUCACCUUGCAGCUUGAGAGGUUGUUGUGAGCUCUGCUUUCACACUGCCUCUGUCUUCACCCGGAGAGAGAGGUUGCAGACUCCCAUCUCUUAUGGAAGUUGCCCACCUUCACCUUCAAGUAUUCCUAAAGCUUUUCAGAACCAGUGGCACAUCUAGACUGCCUUCUUGGCUGUGUGGAUUUGAACAAAUCCAGAUUCUGGAGAAAUACUUGAUCCUUUGCCCAAUGAAAGAUGGAGAGGGCUUUUUAAAAAAUUCAUUCUUACACAUGUGUCCUGGAGCAUUUGCAGACAACAAGCACAAUAACUAUUUUAAACAAUAUCAGUAUUUGAAGAAAUAGUCUCUUAUCCACUGUGUAUGUGGAGAGAGAGAGAGAGAGAGAGAGAGAGAGAGAAAGAGAUGAUGCUAACAUGCCUUAGGAUUACUGAAAACAGAUUUAUUCAUUUACUUAUUUUUGCUGUUGGCACAUACCUGUCAUGUUGUUUUCCAAACAAUGGUAAUUACAAGUGAACAAUGAAGCAUGCAGUACCUCUUGUGCAGUUCCUGUUCAUUUGUACAAAAUGAAUUUCUGGUAGAUUUUGCCCUCUGUUCAGCAUUUAUUUAUUACAUUUAUAUGCCUCGUUUUGUCUGAGGAGCUCAAGGCGCUGCAUGUGGUUCUCCACACUCUCACCCCCCCCCCCCCCAGUUUAAUCCUCGCAAGAACUCUGUGAGGGAGUUAGCGGAGAGUGACUGGCCAAGGCUACCCAGUGAGAUUCAUGGCUGAGGGGGGAAUUGAAGCUGCAUUUUCCCAACUGUGGCCUGACAAGGGUGGCUUGAUAAGCAGAAUGAUCAUCGGUAACCAACAGCAAAGUAUCAUUAAUGUAGAAACAAAUGCCUGCAAGAACAGCCUUUCAAAAAGCUGGGAGGAGCUGGAGUGUUUUGGUGUAUGAGAUGGAAAAUCCAGGUGCUCCUCCCUAAUUGACAGAGGGCACAAUCCUCUGGGAAGUAACCUAGUCUGCCUGGAAGGAAGGGGAGCUGUGCAAGGGCAUAGCAAUAGGUCUUGUGCAGGAUAAUUUCCUGAUGGAUGGCACCUGUGAAGGGUCCGUUCUGUCUGUGUCUCUCUGUCAUUCCAAUUCCACUUGCUGGGGCCUCACACCACUGCUGCCCUGGUCCAGUUUCCUGGGUCUUUUGUUGUGCUGGUGUUAAUCUGCACAUAGCAGCUCUUUUGCCUCGUCAGAUCAGCUUGUUUGCCAUGCAGAGGAGACCAGAGAAUCAAGCUUCAAGCAUGCUGUGGAUUAACUAAUCUGCCUUAAAAUAGACCCAAGCAGUAUCUAUUAGCAGUAAUUCUGAUCCAGGAGCCCUAACCAUGAGAACAGAACUGGUGGUAGACUAAUUACAUUAAGGUGAAAAUACAUAUGUAAUUUUAUCUGGAAUGUUUUCUUAGCUACAGCAAAAGGGGUUCAAACCCCUCCUGUAAGUACAGGAUUUGCAACUGUGGUGCAAGAACCAGCCAUUUUAGAUCCCAAGGAGCAGAAUCAGGAGUAAUAUCAUAUAUUUUCCCCACUAUGCUUAGAGUAAUCUUAGAGCUCAACACAACUGCAAUUCAUAGCCGCAUCUGAUACAGAUCUGAUAAAGCUGAAGCAUUACCUUGGUUUACAGAGUCAUGGUCACAGUUUGUUAAAUAGGUAAGCCACUGAAAAUGGAGACAAUAGAAAUUGCUUUUAAAGGCUUAGAACAAUCCACAAAAUAAUGAAAUAAUGCUACAAGCCACAAAGAAUGGCUGUGGUCGAGGCAUGUGGAUCCUGUAGCCUCUCUGGGUCUCCUUGCAAUGCUGCUCUCACCAGCCUUAGCCACAUGGCCAGUCGGGGGGGCGGGAGUUGUGCUCCCCCAACAGCUGGAGGACCACAGGUUCCCCAGGCCUCUCCCUCACAGAUAAAGGCAAGAUAUAAUGUUUAGGUUGUUAUAUUAUUAAUUAAUUAAUUACAUCUGUAUACCACCCUAUACCUGUAGAUCUCAGGGUGGUUCACAACACAAAAUUACAAUAUGAAAAAGACAAAAGACAUAAUAAAAAUAAGAACAGAAAGAAAUCAUCCCCCCUUCUGACAACACAUUUGUCACUGAGCCAAAAGCCUGGUUGAAGAGGAACCUUUUCUCCUGGGGCCUAAAUAUGUAUGAUGAAAGUGCCAGCCAAACCUCCCUGGGGAGAACAUUCCACAAACAGGGAGCCACUGCAGAAAAGGCCUCUCCCUGACCUCGUGUGGAGGAGGCACACGAAAAAGGGCUUCAGAGGAUGAUCUCAGGGUUUAUAUGGAGAGAGGCGGUCCUUGAGGUGUAACUUGAGGUUGUUCAAAUUAAACAAACAUGCACAAAGAAUCAAGAGUACAAAAGUCCAGAAAAAAGAUCCCUCAGUUUCCCUAAUUUUCAGGGAACAAAGGAGGAAGCAAGGAACAUCAGAAGAGGCUCCUGGAAUAGGCCAAUGGCCGACCUAGUCCAGCCUCUGCCCACCAGAUGCCUGCGCCAAGCCCCAGAACAGGACCUGAGCACAAGAGCCCUCUGCCUUCAGAGGCCUUAAGCUCUGACAGUGGAAGUGGAAGAUGGCCGCUGUGCCUGGUAGCCCUUGCUCACCUUGUCUAUAAGAAGAAGAUAAGAUGAGCCGUGGAAGGUGCUUGCACCCACCAAAUACGCACCAAGCACAACAGAAGGAGACAAAGGACCUCCAUAGCGCUAUUGUGUGAUGAGAAGAAUAUAGGGCCACAGGUUUCCUCUUCCUCUUCCAAAGCACCACAGUGUUGUUGGCAUAAACCUUAAGUAACUACUUCAGCUCACACAAUGUACCCUAAAAACACAGGCCCAUUCUGAACAUUUUGCCCCAGCCCCUCCAAAUGCACACACAAAGGAGAGAGAGAGAAAGGACACAGUUGGGGAACUGCUGUAAAGCAGGGAACCGUGGACCAAACUGAGCUCUAACCCUACCACAAAUUCAGAACAUCAGCUUUCUGGGUGAAGCUUAAGCCUUCCUAGAAUUGUAGAGUUGGAAGGGAGCCUGAGGAUCAUCUAGUCCAACCCCCUGCAAUGCAGGAAUCACAAUGAAAGCAUCCCUGACAGAUGACCACCCAACCUCUGCUUGAAAACCUCCAAGGAAGGUCCGCUGUCUCCUGAGGAAUCCUGCUCUGCUGUCAAACAGCUCUUGCUGUUAGAAAGUUCUUCCUGAUAUUAAAGUUACUGGUUCGAGUCCUAUCCUUCAGAGGAGGAGAAAACAAGCUUGCUGCAUGUGACAGCCAUUGACAUAUUUGAAGAUGGCAAUCAUACCUCCUUUCAGUCUCCUCUUUUCUGGGCUAAACACACCCAACUCCUUCAAUCGUUCCUCAUAAGGCUUGGCUUCUAGACCCUUAAUCAUCGUUCCAGCUUGUCAACAACCUUGAUCAUACGUUCCAGCUUGUCAACCACCUUUCUAGAUUGUGGUGCCCAGAACUGGACACAGUAUUCCAGGUAUGGUCUGAACACAAUGAUACUAUUCCCUUGAUUGGGACACUAAAGUUCUGUGGAUACAGCCUAGAAUAUCAUUAGCUUUUUUGGCUGCUGCAUCACACUGUUGGCUCAUGUUCAGCUUGUGGUCCACCAAGACCCCUAGAUCCUUUUUACAUGUACUGCUACUAAGCCAGGUGUCCCCUAUUUUAUAUUAUUGCAGCUGGUUCUUCCUGCCUAAGUGCAGAACCUUACAUUUGUCCCUACUGAAAUUCAUGUUGUUAGCUUGUGCCCAGUUCUCCAAUCUUUUAAGGUCAAUUUGAAUUCUGAUUCUGUCCUCUGCAGCAUUAGCUACGUUUGGUGUCAUCUGCAAAUCUGAGGAGCAUCCCCUCAAUUCCUUCAUCAAAGUUGUUUAUAAAGACAUUGAACAACAAUGGGCCCAGGACAGAACCACUGGUCACUUUCCCCCAAGAUGACAAGGAACCAUUAAGGAAUACUCUUUGGGUUUGGUCAGUCAACCAGCUACAAAUCCACCUGACAGUUACCUCAUUCAACCCACAUUUUACCAGCUUCUUUGCAAUGAUAUAUACCUGUAUAAGUAAACCCUCAAACUCUGGUGUGGAAUCCUUUGGGAUCCUGCCACAGUCAGCAUAUCUCCUGAUGCUUGUUUUCAAAUAAGUACAACUAUGCUGGACUUAGGUAGAAAGCAGUAGGAUAAGGUGGUGGUGGUUGGGAAACUCAGCUAACACCACUUCUUGUCAUUCCUGCAGUAGAAAGAGAAAGAGAAGUGUAUAGCAAUCUGAGCAUUAACCACAACAGUGUUUGGAGACCUUCUGGGCUUUUGAUACUCCACUAUUUCGGGCCUUUUGGCCCCAUCUGCACUAUGCAUUUAAGGCAAUAUCAGGCCACUUUAAGCAGUAAUGGCUUCCCCCAAAGAGUCAAGGGAAUUGUAGUUUAGGCUGCUGAGAGUUGUUAAGAGUUGCCUAUUCCUCCCACAGAAUUACAAUUUCCAGAGUUCACUGGGAAGAAAAAUGGAUAGUUAAGUCACUCUAAAAUUGUAGCUCUGUGAGGAGAAAGGGUGUAUUCUAACAGUGCUCGGCAUCCUUCAUAAACUACAACCCCCAGGAUUCUUUGGGGAAAGCCACAGCUAUUUAAAGAGGUAGGAUCCUGCCUCUAUCUCAUUAGGGUCUGGAGCAACUCUAGACCUCCCUCACUGGCAAAAUCUGCAGCUGCCCAUGUUUUCCCUGCCAAGUAGUGCUUUGGCACUUCACCCAGAAGGACUUGAGCAAUGGCAAUGGUGAGCCCUCCUAGACACCUUCCCUGGUUUGUUCUCUCGCAGAUGCAUGCAAUUCUUGCCACAGAGGCUUUAGAUAAAUCCUAAAUCCCUUUAUCUUUCAGGCCCACUGGCAAUUCUUAAUCCCUCUUUUCUUGUGUGCCGUGCAGUAAGUUGUCUAGAGAGGCACAUCUGCAUGAAGAUUUUGAUAGGGUUCGUCAGUACCUUUAAUGCCCUUGCAAUUCCUCUAGGGCACAUGAAGAGAAAGGGCAGCUUCUGCAGUGGCCUCAAGCACCUUCCCAGUGGUUUUUACCAGAGAAGCAGAUCUACGCUGCAGAAGGGUGUCCUCCAGUGUAAUGCUUGUCAUACUAUUUAGGAUUGAUGUACGUCACACUUACUGCACAGAGGUUUCCAACAGUCCUGCAAACUUAUGAGAAGCUAAACAUGCACAUAAUCAUGUAAAUGGGCCCAGGAUGUUGGGCCACUCCAGUCAGCUGUAGUGCACAGUCCUCACCAUGUUGUAAAGAGUACAGGAGUGCAAUGCUCAGAUCGCACACUGUUUCACUGGCGCCUUUAUAAAUGUUGUCACCCCAAGAAACAAGCUCAGGCUGCUUGUGCAGUUCAGCCAAUCCUUCCACUGCGCUCCACCUAACCUGGAAGCCGGCUUCAUAUCCAGGUGCACCAAAAGCCCCCUAACACUGAGUGUGAAUGAGUGCACAUGAAACACAGGUGUGCUGAUGUUACUCCUUCCAUUUUGGUCAGCAUUACAACUCUGCUCAUCCUCCUCUGGAGCCGUCCUGCCCAAUCUCCCCCUCUUUUACUGAUUUAUCCUAUACAGUAUAUGCUAAUAGCAAAGUCUUCAAAGAGGGAUCCUUAUGUAGCCAAUACAGCACCAUCCACACAAGAGGAAGGUAUUUGUAGGUUUCAGGGAACCGCAGGAUUUGCCGAAACAAAAUGUUAGGUGGAAAAAGCCCUAAGAAACCCAGAACCACUCAGUGGGACCCGAACAUGUUGCACAGGCACAGAAUGCCAGCUGACUCUGGAAGGCGAGGUGGGGAGGGGAUCCUGAAAGGAGACCUUCCUGGCUGGUUGGCAUCCUGAACAGCAACAGUCAAUACGUUGCCAGUCCCAUUUGUUCACUGUAAUUGCUUCUUUAUAAACCGCUUAAUUAGAAUGAUGUUUAAGCUCCUCUCUAUAAAAUUCACAAUGACAUACUUUAAAAAGAAAGAAAGAAACCGGUUUCAUCAACGAUCAGUGCAAAGCAUGCACUUAAAACCCUGGGUAUCUCCUUCCUCCCUGAAGCGUUCUUCUUCUGCACUCUGUGCUGAGCGCAGGAAUGGCGACACAAACUCUACGGGUGGCAGACGGCAAAGUGGGUCAGGUGCUGGGUUAAUAUCUGGUCCCUGCUCAGCCACUGGAAGGAGGAGAUUAAAGGGAGGGGGAAGAAGACUCCCCUCCCCUCCUCUUUAUAUCUCUCAUUUUAUACUGAGCUCACGCUCAACUCUAAAAAUACCUAUGAUUGCACAGUGAGUUUCUCAGCUGAUCCGGGAUGACCGUGAACCAAAAGCCUCCCCGCCCCCAGGCUGGGAUUACUGCUCAGAGCCCCAGAAGGUUGCAGCAGCAGCAGCAGCCACAGCUGGAAAAGAACCAUCUGUCUGUUUGCCCCCCAGGGCACCUCCUGCUGGCCUAAGAAAAGCCAGUAGCCCAAGAAAGUCUUGCGUUCCUCUCCACAGGGGCUGGUCCUGAGGCCUCCACAGGAGAGGAGGCAACUGGUGCUCAGCUCUGUGACAUUAUGAUUCCAGCAAGAGGGCCUUUCAUGAGAAAGGAGUGUUUGGCUGUGAGAAGGGAACGUCCUCUAAAAUGGUGUGUGCAUACAUUGUGUGUCAAGAGCCAAGGCACAUAAAAUGGCCUUACCACUCAAGUCAAAUAAACGUCAGAGAAGAAUGAUUAAGGUAUCCUUCAUUAAAAAAACCUGGAGGCUUUCCUCCUGGGGAUACCAGGCCCAGACAUACCUAGAAAAGCGAGGGAAAUAUUAUUGUAUGCCAUGGUAGCUGCAAGAAUAUUAAUCGCUAUGAAUUGGAAAGGAGAGAAAAUUCCAACUAAACUGGAGUGGCAAAGUAAACUGCUAGAGUGCGCCGAGUUAGCAAAAAUGACAGAGAAACUGAGAGGUCAUACUGAUCAAACAUUUAUUAAAAAACGGGACAUGUACAAAAAAUACCUUAAGGACUAUUGUAAUAAUAUGACAUCAGUGACAGACCUCAAAUGACUUCUGUGGUAUGAUUGAUAAUUAUAAGACAAUAUAUUACUGAUGAAAAUUAACAAAAGAAAAUGAAAACAAACAGUGCGCUAGAUAGAUUAACUGGUAGAUGCACAAUGGGGUGAUGGGAAGUCAUUAGAAAUGCAAGAAGACCUUAUUGUGAUAUGAUGUAACAAAUAUUACCAUUUUCUUUUCUUUUUUAUGGAUAAAUCUUUUGUUCGUUGUUUCCUUUUAAUUUCAAUAAAGCAUUAAUACAAACAAAAACAAAUAAACAUCAGAGAAACUUGGAUGUGCUCCAGAUAUUAAGUGCCGCCUCAUUCCUUUUUAAGACCUAGUUCACACAGAGAUGGUUAAUCUGAAACUGGGCUGUACAUCAAAGGCAGGAAACUUGGCCUUACAGAUCAUUCUUGAGUAUUUUAUUUACAUAUUUAUUUAUUGCAUUUAUAUCCCACCUUCCUCCAAGGAGCUCAAGGUGGCAUACAGAGUUCUGCUCCUCCCUGUUUUAUCCUCACCAAAACGCUGUGAGGCAGGUCAGGUGGAGGGUGAGUGACUGGCUCAAGGUCGCCCAGUGAGCUUUGUGGCUGAGUGGAGAUUUGAACCCUGGUCUCCAAGAUCCUAGUCCAACACUCUAACCAACAACAUCUUUCCCAUCCCUGCUGUACAAUGUCUGUACACAUGACACCAUGGCAUACACAAAAAUCCCUUCCACAUAGAAAACCAGCAUGUAGGCAGAAGCGGGUUCUAAUGGGGUGUGUAAAGUUAGGAAAAUAAAGCUUAGACAAGAUUGGGUCUCUCUGAAUACCGUCAAACCUCAGUUGUCGAACGUAAUCCAUUCUGAAAGCCUGUUCAGCUUCCAAAAUGUUCGACUCCUGAGGCGCAGCUUUCGACUGGUUGCAGGAGCUUCCUGCACUCAAGCAGAAGCUGCGUUGGACGUUCAGCUUCCAAACAAUGUUCGAAAACUAGAGCAUUUACUUCCAGGUUUUUGGCUUUUGGGAGCUGAAAUGUUCCAAAUGGAGGUCUUUGGGAGCCAAGGUUUGACUGUACUGCCACUCUGUCACCUGGACCAUCUCUGUUUCCGAGUGCUUAGAAUAUGCCUACAUCAAAGGCAUAUAAGUGGUUCAGUAUUUAUUCCCUUUAAAGAGGGUGAAGCAACUGUGUUCCUGUGAUGGCAGAGUGAGGCAGCGUUGGGAUUCUCUAACAGACUUUUCAGCACCCUCAAUGAGCUAUAAUUCCCAGGAGACUGGGAGAAGCUGUGAAAGAUAAGUUGUGGUUAUAAAUCAUAUAUGUAGCAGCAGCUGACACAUAUUUCCUCCCACUACCACCACCCUUAACAGCUUUAAUAGCUAGAAAUGAAAACUCAUAUUCAUCUGUUCACAUCAGAACCAAAGUUUAAUCUUUUUCUUAGAUAACAGGGGAAUGCAGCUGGGGGGGUGGUGUCAGUUUUGAGUGGAAAAAAUGGCUGAACAGAGAGAAGAUUCAUGCUUGUUCCAAGGGGUUUCUACCCGCUCUUAAACCACCUCGUUGAUGUUAUAAUAUGCACAUUUGUGCACUGACACCCGCUGCCAUAUUUCCCAUAGCCACUGCUUUGUUGUUGGAAGCUUCCAGUAACUAGCAAUGAUCUUAAGUGCUGCAAGCUACAAUUUUACAAUCUUGUUUCCUUUGUAGAACAGCCUACACUUUCUCCAAUAAAAUAACAAGUGUUUCCAAAGGGAGUUCUUGUUGCAUUUUUAAACUCUUUUAUAACUCCUUCCCAGAAGUGCAGAUUACUUAUACAUGACCACCAAGUAGGUUUGAAAUCUAUGCCAUUUCUUACCACACGUCCACUUUUUGCUUGUGCAGUGCCAUACUUUUUUUUAACCAUUGCUGAUGUGUAGUAAAAUGGGUACAAUCAUUUAUGAAACCAGUGGGUUUCUGUGUGAACAUUUCUAGGCCUCUUUCCUGCAGCUCCUCUUCCUGUCUCACGCACCACUAGUUGUCUUCCUACACGGAAUAAUACCAUGCAUAUGUAAGUUGUCACAUGUGAUGAUGCUAAAUGGUGGUAAACCAUGGCAUUAAGACACAGGGAUUUAUGCUCGUGUAGAAUUGUCACAUCAAACUAUGCUGGGAAGUCAAGCAGGAUCCUUUGUUGAUCAGGAUCCACGUAGAAGAUCAACGGGUUGUAGUGAAAUGGCCCAGAAUCCUCUGAGCACUGACAUUUGCUGCCUCUCUCUCUCCCCCCCUCCCAGUUCUUUUCCAUCUUUGCAUUUGCAACAUGUGGCAGCUACAGUGGAGAAUUCCGCCUGAGUGUUGAAUGUGCGAACAAGACUGAGAGCGAUCUUGAUAUAAAGGUGGAGUUUGCCUACCCCUUCCGGUGAGUUGAAUCCUCAGCAGCGAUUAUUCAGAGGCAGAUCCAUACAGUUUUAUUUAUUCGUGUAUUUGAAAAUUUAUAACCCGCUCUUUCAUAAAAUAUAACAAGGAAGCUUACAGCUUGUAAAAUACAAUUUCUUGUAUUUUUUUAUUUCCAUUUAUAACCACUUACUGUCCAAAAGAUCUCAGAGUGGUUUACAGUAGAUAAAUCCAUAAGCUUAUAUAUACUGUAGCCAAUAAGCACCAUGAAACCAUGUCAGAUGAGUCACAUUACAAAAUAUAUAAGCAAUGUCCAUAUACAUAAAGGUAAUAUAAAAACAGAACAAAUCAGAGCGCGCCACAAUAUCAAAUUUCCAUCUAUACAACGUACAAACACUCACCAUCCAUUUCACACAACCAUUCCCUGUCUCAAGCAUCACCUCCAUCAACCACUCAUGCAUAAUCCACUCACACCCAACAACAUCACAACCCACACACAACAGGUCAUUGCCAACCACACAUACAUGCUCCUAAUCUCUGAAGCACUAAUGGACUCAUGCCCAACCCCCACUGAAAAAUGUAAUACUCCUCUCCCAUCUCUCACCUGAGGGCCUGUACCAGAGCAGGUAUAGCGCUGCUUCCAUCCACUCACUCCCAACUACAUAAGCAUAAGAUGCACGGUACUGCACAACCUCAAAAUCUGGUAAACACACACGGGUAGCAGACACAAACAUCAAGCUCACACUCAGUAAGCGCACACAGAUCCUUGCAUACCAUGGGGGGGGGAGGGCAGCCCCCGCUAUAGUGUGAGAAGGGCAGCUAAUCCACCACCAAGGGCAAGGAAUUUCUCCAACCACAGUGGAAGUGGUGACUGCAACACCAAGCCCCAGCUGUUGGGAGAGGGGCUGUUCUCUCCACCUCCUGCCUUGAAUUUAUUUGUUGUUCAUUUAACACUUAUGUGUGCAAAAUGCAAACACAACCAACAACUUUCCCCGAAAGCAAUUCUUGGUGCAAUGCCUUAGCAUUGUUUAAAGAACCUCAUAUAAGAAGGCUGGGAAAGACCUUGGCUUGAGAGCUGCUGUCAGUCAGACUAAUCAGUGAUUUGGUAUAUAAGAUAUGUUCAAGCACUCCUCCCCUAAGUCAUUCAUAAUUGCACAAUCCUCUAACUCAAAAUUCAGCUUCUAUUGGCACCAGAUGUGUGAUGCUUUGGUGCAGAAUUCAAACAGCAACAGCCUAGGGUAUGUACAGCUCUGAUUGGAAGGUGGUGGACUCUCCUUCCUUGGAGGUUUUUAAGCAGAGGUGGGAUGGCCAUUUGUCAUGGAUGCUUUAGUGGAGAUCCCUGCGUUGCAGGGGGUUGGACUAGAUGGCACUUGGGGUCCCUUCCAGCUCUCCAGUUCUGUGAUGCUAUGAUGACUCUCACUCUUUUUCUCCAUCCCAGGCUCCACCAGGUGUAUUUUGAAGCUCCUACUUGUAAAGGGAACAAGGAUAAAGUUUUCUUGAUUGGAGAUUGCUCCUCCUCUGCUGAAUUCUUUGUCACCAUUGCUGUCUUCGCCUUCCUCUACUCCCUUGCCGUUAUUGUAGUCUACGUAUUUAUGCAGGACAAGUACAGGGAGAACAACAAGGGACCCAUGAUUGUGAGUGCCCAAACUCCAGGGUGUGAUGCAGCAUAGACAUGUGGCUGAAUGCAGGGACAGGAUGACCCAGGGACCGUUUAGGAAACUGCCCCAAACCCUGACACUUCCUAACAACCAAAAGCAGACGUCACAGCAGCUGAAGGGUGCUGUGAGUAGUGGCACAUUAGGAAAGCCAGUUGCCAGGGCCACCUCUGCCGUUAGACCAAUGGCCAUUAGCAGUGUCUAACUCAGUACCGUCAAAGAGUAGUGGCAACAUUAUGAGAUAGUUAUAUUCUGGACAAGGUGCUUGUUUUCCUGCCUCAUAUGCUGCAACAUCAGGGCCAUAAAACUUGGUCUAGGGAUGGAGGGAAUAAGGCAGGGUUUCUAAAGUAUUUGGACUACAGGAAGAAAGUUGAGUGAAGAACUGAAGUUCUGAAUAUUGAUGUGCAGCUGGACUUUAGGGUGAUGGUGACCCACCAUGCUGGGUGCAGCCAGCAGUGAUGCAUGAGGGGCUCAGCAGGGGCUUGACAAACCAUUUGUGUUUGUUGUGCUAGCUACCUGGGGCUUUAGAAACAGUGGCUUGACUGUGACCAGCUGGUUAGUUUACUGCACACCAGAAAUUCUAUGUGUGUUUCCACCAAUUCUGAACAGACCAGAAGGUCCUGGGAGCAAGUGUGAAGCAGGAGGCCCAAAGCAGCUAAGGAGCUUUGCAGCAGGAACUGGGUCUGGGUUAGGGGAUCUGGACAAGUGUGUGGGGGGGAGCUCCAUAUUUAGCCCAAGCUGAGUGAGACACAUCCAAAUGGACAAGUAUCACCAGCGCAGUGGUUUCACAGUGGGCCCCGGUGACUCCACCUCUUCCUGGAUUUUCUUUGGACACUGGGUAGUGUCUUUGGUCCAGGGUCUGAGUACCAUUGGGUCCUAACAAUCCACUGGUAGCCACUUGCUUCUCCUGCAAGGACCUGCCUCAUCUUUUGGCAACCAUAGUUGUAACCUCUUGCCCUUCCUCACCCCCCACUGCAGGAUUUCAUCGUCACGGCUGUUUUCACCUUCAUGUGGUUGGUGAGCUCCUGUGCUUGGGCCAAGGGCCUUUCAGAUGUCAAGGAGGCCACUGACCCUGACAAUGUGAUUGAAGGCAUGGCUGUGUGCCGGAGUGAAGGCAACAAGUGCAAUGAGCUGCGAGAGCCAGUCACCUCCGGCCUCAACACCUCUGUGGUUAGUCCUCCCAGCACUUACUCUGCUUGCCUGCUUGCUUGCUUCAAUGUUUUAUAUACCCCUUAACUACUAUAAUCGCUAAGCAGUCUGCAAAGAUACAACCCAAAACAAAAACAAGUUAAAACUGUACAAUGGAACCUUGGUUAGAAUACCAGAUGGAAUUUUAAAAAGUCUUCAGUAGGUGCCAGAAGUUCAGUGGGGAGGUGAUCUGUCUGACUUCAGGGGUUUAUGGAAGGGAGUUCCAUAAGAUUGGUCCCACAAUACUGGAGGCAUGGCUCCAGGUUGAUCUAAGUCAUGGGGGAUUAUUAACAGUGAUUCCCCUGAGGAUCUCAGUGACUGAGCCUAAGGGCAGCCAGGGCAGACUCCUGAGCCCUGGAAUCAAGGAGGAUGGAAUGCUGCUGAGCCAUAGGAAGGGCAACCUGUGUAUAUUUGUACUCUGGCCUCUAAGAAGGCAUCUUAUAGCCUGUGCUUUCAGUACCAGUUCCAGAUUUUGGAGAGCCCUUGGGCAAAACACCCUCUUUCAGUGAGUCAGACGCCACACUAAUGUUCUUGCUGUUGCUACUUGCUGCUUGCUUGCUUCCCAGGCAGAUUGGUGCCCCUCCUGCUCCUCCCCUUCACCACCCCUGUUGUCUGGGCCAGAGCAAAAGGAGGGUGAGCAGGUGAGGCGGUGGCAGGGGUGGAGAGAAGGAGCAGGUCCAGCGGCCUCAUGCCAGUUGUUCAGUAUGGGCCCUCUGCCCGUGCUCAGCCGUGCCAACCCUAGAUGCCAGUUCUGGGUGCUUUUGAGCAUUCAGCUGCUGUAAAGGUGUCUUAUGUGUUUUGUGGUGGUGGUGUGUGUGUGUGGUAUUCAUGUGUACAUAUGUAGUUCCGUAUUUUGUAGGGUGGUAGAUCAUUCAUACUGUUAUGUUUCCUCAAAGUACCGUAUUUUUCGCCCUAUAAGGCGCACUGGCCCAUAGGACGCACCUAGUUUUCAGGGAGGGAAUCAAGGGGGAAAAAAUGAUCCCCCCCCCCCGCAGCUCUGGGAGCAGCGGACAAUUCCCCCACCUCAUAGAAAAGCCCUUUAAAGAGUGCGUGGCUCCUGCGGGCUUUUCGAACCAGCUUGUGGGGUUGGCGAUGGGGGGAAGCACUGCUUCCCCCCACCGCCAGCCUCAAAGCGGGGUCGGGGAGCAGCGCGAAGGCGUCGCGCCUUCCUGCUGCCCCCCGAUCUUCUGUGGCUUGCGAUGGGGGGAAGCGCUGCUUUCCCCCACCACCAGCCUCAAAGAGCAGACUAUCCUGGCUUCAGCGAAAGCAACGCGAAGCCUCCGGAGCGCAGGCUUCGGAAGCUUCGCGUUGCUAUCGCUGAAGCCAAGGAGCCUGCAUUCGCCCCAUAGGACGCACACACAUUUCCCCUUCAUUUUUGGAGGGGGAAAAGUGCGUCUUAUAGGGCGAAAAAUACGGUAAAUCUGCGUAGGACACCACAUCUUUAAUUUGGUUUUAAAAUUAAUCCAUUUGAAACUUUAAUUGAAUAAUCAUUGGGGCCCAUUUUAAUCACUGGCAACAACUUUUUAUCAGUGUAACUGAGAGUUCUUUAAUUUGGGUGAGUUUUGCUGGUGUUCAUGUUAGUGUAAGAGAAUAACAAUAAUCUAUGCAUGCAGUAAUAUGUGGGUAUGUGUGUUUGCCAAUUAUUGAUUGAUUGAUGUUCUUUAUCCACCUGUCCAUAAAUAUUCUCUGGGAGACUUACAACAAAAUGAUACUAAAAUAUGAUAUACAAAGAAUUAUAAACAACAAUAAAAAUAAAUUACAGCAAGAAAUAAGAGGAAAAGAUGUUUGCUUUCUGGACAUAAUUGCUUUUGUUCAUUUAUAUACAUAUUGCAUAUUUACUCAAAUGUAGAUCCCACUGAGUUCAAUGUGGCACAGGACCCCAAGCAGACUUGAAGAAAUAAAGCCUUAAAAGAGAAGCUUGGAACAUUCUCUAAUCUUAUUUUAUAAUCUGCAGAGAUGAUGGCACAGCUGCUAGCUUUCAGAAGAGUAGCUGUGUUAGGGGGAACUGACAGAUGUCAGUGCUCUGUAGGUAGUGCUUGAAGAUGAAGUCCCUAGUUUCCCAGGGUUGCCAGAACAGAUCUCUCCCUCUCCAAACUGGCUGAUGUAUCAGUGGGGUGGAGGGAAGGUAAUAUUUGGCUGCUGUCUCCAGAGCAGUGACUAAGGGGGGAAGGGAAGACCCUCAUCUUGCAUCCUUAUCAGAAUGUUUCAAGAAGCAAUGGCUGAGUCUCCAUUGCCCCAGUAAGGCUAGGAGUCUUCCUUCCCUUGCCGCUUGACCAUUUACUGUCUUCUGCCUCACCUCAUCAGUCAUGUUGACCAAAAUAAAGCCAAAGUGAUUCUUCAGAUGAGAUAUAAUCUGGUGUAUGUGCUUAUAUAAAUCAACCUUCAGUUUGCAGCGGCAAAAAUGAGUGAAUGAUGGGAGGCCUGAGAUUUAAUUUUUGUGAAUGUGUCUGUUGGUGGGAGCCAUUCCAAGGGAACAGCACUGCAGCAGCCCUUUAGCUGAUCUACCUGCGGCUAAGCACCUAUGAAUAAAUGAGCUGCAAUGUUUAUGAAAUAUUAGAGCAAAUGGUAAUCUUCAAACUGUUGCAGGGAAACCUUUGGGGGUUUCCAAGGAGAAGGUUCUAAUAAAGGACAGUCUUCGUUGGUGGGCACUUGCCCACGCGCACCCCUCUUGCCCUGCAAACAGGCAGCAUCAGCUGAGUAUUGGACGUGAUCCAAGGGCAGGGGGAGGCACACACAGUUAAUGUGGUUGUCUUCUUAAAACAAAACUAUGCUCUAAGAAGCUCUAGGGUUCUUCCAGAUUCUCUUCAGUGAGAAGACUGGAAAGACAGCAAACAGGUAAAGCACCUGGUUUCAGGUUCAAUCCCCAGCAUCUCCAGGUUAAGUUGGGAAAGACUCCUGACUGAAACUCUGCUGCCAGUCAGUGUAGGAAAUACUAGAUGGGCUAAGAUCCUAAGGGCUCAACUAACCCGAUCUUUAUCACUGAAUCGGAGCAAACGUCAGUUGGGUUUUCUGCAGAUUGACCUUUGCUCCAAUUCAGUGGUAAAGAGCAGAUUUCCUUGGGGAAAGUGGCAGGGCAAAUAGGAAACUGCUCAGACCUGUGCUUUCCAGGCACGGAAGAAGUGGAAAUGGGGACAAGCCCUAACUCUUUAGUAAAGCAAACUUGUGUAGGUUGCAGCAUGUAUGAAACCAUGAGAGUUUCUUUGUUCUGCAAAUGGGCUUCAAAAUUUCCCCUGUUUUGCAGCAUUAACAUGCACGCCCACCCAGGGAGGCCCAAGACAUUUUGCUGCUCGAGGCAAAUCAGAAAAUGGCAGUCCUCUCAGGAAUGGUACUUUGCUAAGAGUGCUUCAACAGGUGGCAGCAGGAGCAGCAUUGGUGGCAGCAGUUAAACCCCUCACCCAGCUUUGGGUGGGGACGAUGCUGGGGACCAGCGCAACUGAGCUAGUGGCUGAGUGUGGCAGGAGUAGCAGUGGCUGGGCCCACGCACCCCUCCCCCUCUGCCUCCUCUGCCCUGUGGGGUCACCGGGAGAGGCGUUGGGCCCAGGCAGGCAUCUAAUGGCAUUGCAUCCACAGCUGAAGGAGGAGUAGCAAAGGCACACGAGAUGUCCCUCUCUUCCCUUUCCAAAUCUGCCACUCCUCCCACCUGUCUCCAGCCUACCACCUGAGGCAACUAAUGGGCAGCCCAGCCCUGUGUGCAUGUACACACACACACACUCUUCCAGACAAGGCUUCUCAAAUAGUAGGGAACUGGGAUUGGUGAGGAAGGCUCUGCAAUUAACUGUCCUUUCUCCACCCUGUCUUCAUUUUGUCCCCAGGUUUUUGGCUUCCUGAACUUGGUGCUUUGGCUGGGGAACCUGUGGUUCGUGUUUAAAGAGACGGGCUGGAGCGCCCCCUUCGUCAAGUACCCACCUGCCCAGGAGAAGCCACCAGCACCUGAGGCCUUUGGCGACGCCUACAACCAAGCGCCAGGCUAUGGGCAGCAAGACACGUAUGGGCAGCAGGGUGGCUACCAGCCUGAUUACAGCCAGCAGGGCUAUGGGCAGCAGGGAGAGUAUGGGCAGCAAGGUGUCCAAGGCGGGCCCACUUCCUUCGCAAACCAGAUGUAGGCGGGUGAGUUGUGCUACUGGCUGACUGGACAGGGAGGCGGGGGGAGGGAUUCUCUUCUCUCGCCCUUGAAUAAGGCUGUGCAAGCAACAUGUUAAAAAUAUUACUCUGCAGGAAAAGCUGAGUCCUGCAGUCGAGACCCAUGUUCUGCAAAUUAAGCUCAUUUGUGUCAUUUAUUAUGGUUUUGCUGGUCAUGGAGGAGGAACAAGGAGCUAUGCAGGGCACUGAAGCGUCACUCCUUGACCACUGGAACCUGAUCAUCACACACCAAUUUUAUGAAAGGGACAGUUUGCAAGUCAACCUGUAGUUCUCAUACACAGUCCUGACACCCUUUAAGACAUGAACAACCCUCAGAACGUGGCACCCCAAAAGCCGUUGUGCAGAAGAGUGCACAAGCACAGGUGCCAGCUGAAUAGGAAUUGGGUGUGUGUGUGAUUAUAGGGAGAGGAAACCCAAAAGGUAAUGUGCAUCAGGUAAAUACAUCCGUGCCCCUUCUGCGAUGUGAACAACUCCAUGCAAAUCUGGCUAGAAACACAACCAGAUGAAAUGACCUCACUGCGUUUCAAGCUACUAAUGUGAGCAUACCCAUAUUCGAGUGCUUCCCCACAUCCAAAGCAUGCAAAAAAUAAUAAUAGCAUGCUGCUAGCUGUUAUGCUUUGUGAAGUAACAUGGCAUUUAGUAACAAAUGUGGUCUUAUUUGGCAGCUCACUGAUAUUUGGGACAUGCACCUUUUAUCCAGUUGUAUAUUAUAGCAGCGUAGACCCUAAUACACAGUUGUGCCUGAGGCUGAAAGGUGUGGAAUCUAGAGGAGAAUAACAUCCUACACAUCUGGACUGUGAGCAUCUAAUUCAGGUGAAGGGAACCUUUGGUCUUACAAUGUUGCUGAACUACAUCUCCCAUCAGCCCCAGCAAGCGUAGCCAGGGAUGAUGGGAGUUGUAGUUUAGAAACAUCUAGAGGGCCAAACAUUCCCCUCACCUGAUCUGGAUUGCUGACAUAAUGACCGUGAUCCCUGAUAUGAGAGCCUUUUGGCUACUGUUGAAUGGUCUGUGUGUGGAAUUUGUUAGUCUGUAGGUCUCUAGGCACAUUUGUCCCAGAUAUCAGGUUCAGAUUUGAACUCCAUCAUGGACUACAGAAGCAGCUGGCUGCUGCUAGGACUCCUUCCCCUCCGUUGGUCUUCAUGGCCAGAAGCCCCCUCUGCCUUAGCGUGUCUCCUUCCCUGAGGCGUCGUCCUCAGCUCUUGGUGCACAGAAGGCAGCUUCCUAAGCCUGGCCACGAACCUCCGAGAGUCGAGGCUUUCUCAAACUGCUCUACAACACACUCUCAGCUGAAACAAUCAGCAAAGAGUCCUUUGUCAGGAUGUAAAUGAAAGCAAGGCUUUGUCCUUUGCAUGCAGCCGUAAAGAAUGAUGUCAAGAUUCCUUUGUGCAAAUUUAUAUAUGCCUUUGGGUCAAAAAGUUAAUAGCAGCUCUCCUACCCACCCCAAAUGAAAUUGGGACUGUGGUACUUAGGGAGUGAGGGAUUAAAUUCCUUUCCAAAUUAAGCUUCCCCCUGCCUCACUCGCUACACACCCAAGCUGCAAUUUGCACCAUGCCUUAGAUGUUUUGCUCUGCUGACAAACAACAACUGAGAGAAAUGAAUUAUUUUAAUAAGUAAAAUAUCAUACAUGUGUUUUAUGAGUUGGUGGGGGAGUGAUUUUAAUUGGUAAAAUUGUGUAUGCCAUGGUCCCAGCCAGAAAGAAAAACCCUCAUAAUCAGAAAUAAGAGGAAAUUGGCUGCGUGUCAGUUUUCUGUGUUAACAAAUACUGAUUUGCACCAGAUAUUGAGCUAAGACACUCAACAGAUAUUGAGCUAAGAAGAGCUGUGGUAGGGGAAAAGGUUUGCCGGCUCAGCACUCAUGCAAGUAGUCUGAUGAAGUUUGGGCAGCUGAGCCUGAUACUGCUCUCUAGCAAUGGGAGUUUAUUUUAUUUAUUUUAAAACAGCUGGGCUUCUUGUCAAUAAAAGCUAGCCCAUAUCUGAAAUCCACUUAGUAGAGUUUCAUGUCUUAAAAUGCAUUUUGUAUACAACUUCCCAGCGUGGAAAUAAAACUUUGCCCCUUAACCAUUCAGACUCAGGAAGCCUAUAAAUGUCUGGCCAGGGCUGCCACCAUUUGAGGGGAACUUUCACCAGGGGCCUUACAGGCUCUUGCCCUAAGCAAGCUGGCCAGGGAGCGGGAGGGUGGGUGGCCCAGCGCUGAAAAGAGAAGUACUGAGCAAAGCAGCUGCAGCAGAAGCCGCCAUCUUACCUGCCCCAGAAUUCACCUGGGGCCCCACCCAGGGCUGGCUCGCCCAUGAGGCAAGAUAAGGCUGCUGCUUCAGGCAGCAGGAUCCACGGGGGGGGGGGGGGGGAGGCCCAGAAACAGGGAAAAUAGGCUACAUCAACAUAAAAUUAAGUCACUAGCAGUGGUGUGUCCCCAUGGGCCUCUGUGUUUGCCCUGUCAUGCCAGGCCUGCGAGGAAGACCAUCAUUGCUUGGCACCCAUCGGCCUCUUGGCUCUGGGCUGUUUGGUGGUCUUCCAAGGCCGGGUGACAAUGCCGUGGUUGGGGACAACCCCUAAGCCCCUAAGCCGCUGAGCCAGGAAGAGCCCUUCCCUCCACCCACGUUGGAGAAACACUUCAGAGAUCUGUUUCAGUUCUGUUUAGUUGCUCCUGGGGGUGUUUUGUGUGCAAGUGUUGCUUCUGUCACAGGAAAGCUUCCUUUUUUUCUGUGUUCAUCUACUUUCUCUCCUCUCUCUCUUUCUCUCUCUUUCCCCACAGGUCCCUACCCCCAGUAGGAGGCGCUGUGUGGAGGAAGCUACCAUCCUGUCCCUGCCCCCCAUGUCCCCUUGAGCAGGGGAAAGGGGGGGCUGGUGGGUGCUUGCACUGGGAGGGGGCUGGUGGGGUGUCAUCCCUCCCCCUCCCAAAUGAAUGUAGAUGUUUGUGCUGUUUAUAUAUAUAUAUUAUAUAUAUAUGAGAAACUACAACUAGAGAUAGACCGCCCCCUCUCCCAUUGCCUCGUGCGCACACACUCUGCCCGAUCUCAUUUCCCACCCCGGGACAGCUCUGUGACUUUACAUGGCUCCCUUUUUACCCCUGCCAUCUCGGCUCCAGACCCCCAAACUCCCCAGCUACUACUAGCUCUCCCGGCUCCUCUCUAACCUACCCCCGCCAUUCCCUUGGAACCCCACCCACCCAAUGUUGUGGAAAGCAUGGCAUGACUCUCACACUCUUGGCACUUCGCCCCCAACGCGUGGCAAAUGCUCCUCCAUCUCCCCUCCGCAUGCCCCCCAGGAACACCAGCUGGUCGUGGGGGAGGGGUCUGAGAUUGGAGGAGAUUCAGUUGCCAUCUUCAGUGUCGGAAUGCCCGGCAGAUUUGGGGUUUAUUAAGGGGUUUGGGGUUCAAUAUUAUAUUCAGCGCUUUAAUUAAGGUUUUUAACACUCACUUCUCCAUUCCCAGCCCCUCCUCCCAAAAGUUUAAAGGUCAGGAUAGAGGGCAACCAAAAUAUUGGGGGAAAUUGUCUCCUGCUUCUCCUCCCUGUUGGUCUGUAUUAGGGAUGUGGGGUGUUAAAGGGAGGGUGAUCCUAAUGGGGGACCCACAGCACUGCUGUGUUUGUUACGGUUUGGAGGUUGUGUGUGUGCGUACGUAAUCUCUGCAGAAGGGUUUAUUCUGGAGGGGAGACAAAGGGCAAAAUGUGGGGUGGGGUAUCAUUCCCACUGAGUUGUAUUUCUGGGGGCUACAUUAUUUCCCCCUAUACCAGCAUGUAUGCCAUGAUCACCGGUGCAGCUUGGGGCCCACAGCUCAGGGCGGGGGGAGGGCCAAGGGGGAGACUCUGUUAUACAUCCUUUUUCCUCCCCCCCCCUUUCCUUCUCCUUCUAAGAUUGCAUAUUCAAGAUACUUGAAAGUGGAGCCACCUGGAUCCCAUUUCUCAACUCAUUGUACUCACAGUCAGGGUGAUUCAAGUGUGUCCCCACGACCUUAGUUCUGAGGCCGUUGUGAGAAGCGUGUGGGGUUUCUGUCAGGCAAACAGCCCAACAGGAAUUGCACAGGACGUACAGAUUGUAUGAACUGACACCUCCACACAGAACCUGUAUGUAGAGCUGCCAUGUUACUUCUGAGCAUCUGUUGUGGCUCAGAAAUGUCUAGGUCCAACAGGGAACCCAAGCAGCCUGGGCCUCUGCACAAUUUCCACAGGGUACUGAGCCCAAUGGUGGUUCCACAUACUCACAAUAAUUUAUUAUUAUUAUUAUUAUUAUUAUUAUUAUUAUUAUUAUUUCUUAGUAUACUGCCCUUCAUACACAGAAAGGAGGCCUAUGGUUAAUAUGGGGAUUUUGCUGCACCAUGACAGUUGUGAGGAAGUCUUGUAGUUAUUCUUGAUUAAUUCACAUAGAAUUGUAGGGUGUAAUCUUGUGGUUGUGGUUUCAGGUCGUAAUCUUUAGCAGUUAGCUGGAAGUUGGUUCCAUCUGGGUUUACUUCCAAGUAAAUUUGUUUAGGAUCAGGAUAAUAUUGAUCUCCCCCCACCCCACCUCUUCCCUCCUUCCCCCAGUCUCCAGUUCAUUUCACUGUCUGAUUUACCCUUCUCCCAAUCUUCUUUUUCACCUCUUUCUUUUUCUCAUCUUUAUGGUUCUCUUCCUAUGGACCUAUUUCUUUUCCUGGCCUAACCCAAAAUUCCUGCUCCUGUACUCUUAAUCUGCAGCCUGUGGCCUCCAAACCAACCUCUUUUCCAUAGCAGCCAAAGCGUCUCCCUCCCCAUCUCCCUCUCCCAACAUUCCCAGAGGCACUCUGACUAUAUAUUACUCAGUGUCUGUGUAUCUGAUCGUGCCGUAAUUGUGCGUUUCAGUUUGUCCGGCUCUUUGCCCCGGUCGAUAUCGUGAUUUUUUCUUCCAUCUUUAAAUGACAAAAAUACCAACGACAACAGCAGCAAAAUGACAGGAAAAAUAUGCAUUAAUCCCCCAAAUCUGCCCCCUCACCCAAAAGGUAUAGAGAAAAAAAUGGAUAAAAACCAAAUAAAAAGGGAAAGAAAAUGUAUUAAAAAAUAA